ACUAGGUCGAGUUAAUCUCAAGUCGUUCUUUGGUUGGAUUUUAUUGUGUUGAAACUGCUCAAGGAUGGCUACUCAAGAAGGUUCUGGGGGAAGAGAGGACCCGAUAAACAAGUUUUGAGUAAUUCCAGCCAUUUAAUGAAAUUUUGAAGCCACCGGGCAAUUCUGUAAGCUCAUACCAGACUCGAAAAUACUCGCCAUGGCCAUUCCAACGCGGCCGUUCGAUUGGUCAAGUUCUAGGUUUGAGCAGGUCAUUUCAGUCAAAUUUUCAUCCUCGACUGUGGCAGUGCCAAAAAGUGUUUUCCUACCUGUUCCCCCUCGAAAGCAUUGGUGCCGGGAAAGUGGAGGAACGAGCAGCAUCCUUUUUUCUGGCGUUCCGAAACGGCUCGGACCGGUGACCCAGUGGGGUUUCCUUGACGGAAUUUUGCUGCUGGAACGCCUAAUUGAUCACGAUCGGAAUGACAAACUCACCGGAUGCUUCGACCAGAUCGUUGGCGUCGUUUAUACCUCUUCCCACUGAUAAUUCACUCCGUCUCCGAUGAUGUCAUCGCGACAAGAGUUCCGCCAAAUGCAGGAAGCCAAACGCGUCGCCUCUUACGUCGAGAACAUUAUCAGAUUCUGAACGAAAUCAAUGGCAAGAAAGUAAAACUCGAUAUGCAUCGUUUCCCCGUAUGCUUGUCAGGUUCGUUACCUCUAAGACCAAGUCAAAUCACGUGACCGCGAUGACAGCCGCGAAAAGGCAUGAUGAUCUCAUGAUCAUCUCGACGGAGCGUUCCGGCAACGUCAAGCGACUGAAUGUGUCCAUUACGCGUUCCCUGAUGAUUGCGGUUGGGGUCGCGGACAUGCUCGAGCGAAACGAAAGCGAGAAGGACUUGCCAAGGUCCGUAAACAUUAAAAAGCUCGGGACCCUUUCUGGUCAUAACGAUGACCCAUCCCGCCGGAACCAAUCUUUUUAUUUUGAGUCAUCCGUUCAAAACUGCGGGAACGAACUUUCCACCAGCCGCUCCGGGCCCGCCCAUUUGGCGGGUCCCGAUCGACCCAUGGACCUAUUGGGCCGUCUGCACUGCACUGCUAGUUGGCGAUUGGAUGAAACGGAACACAAACCACGCUGGCACCCGUUGGCAUCACCAGUAUCGGCUUCCGGACCGAACCCAUCCAAGCUUGAUCCGCUGCUUCCCAAUCCCAGCUCCUAUGCGAGGUUGGCCUCGAUUCUACAGUGCUCCACUUCUGAAGCUCUUCGCCGGAAACUCCACCGUUAGAAGCUAUUCGGCGAUUCCGUCAUCACAACUCCAAAAACGCAACGAAGGACAGGCCUGAGAAGGGGAGGUGGUCCAAGCCUUCCGGAGACGACCGCGGCCCGUGGCACGCUGUCGAAUACGGCGGUGCCAGAGAGAGCUACGUUGGCAAAUUCUGGAACCGGGUUUCUGACCAAGAAGGAAGCCGUGUCGACGUGUCGAAGCUUCCGCGUAGGAUUGAGACUAUAAAGAAAGAAAUAGGUUCGGGGGCGUCAAUAUCGGAUUGCAGCGUGAUUCUUCCUUCGCUGUUUAACACCACCGUCGUCGCGCACACCACACGGUUUUUUCUCGCGACUUUCCCAGUCCUGGUGGGGGUUGUGCUCGCCAGUCUGCUUGUGGUGGAUCGGCGACGAAGACACCCUGUCGUCCAUAGAAGUUUCUUGGUGCGCUGGGGGAGAAGAACGGAGUGAUCCGUAUUCCAGAAGUCAUCUGGUGCCGUCGACGAUUUUCGCAAAAUUUAAUCUGAUUUUAGAAAUGACAUUUGUAAACGUCAAAAGCAGAAGGGUUGCCAAAUUCAAUCAAUUUUUUCGAGUUUUUCGGUUUGACGUUUCCAGUUCCAAAGGAACCGGAGGGGUAAGCCGAUUUGGUGCCCACUUUUUGGAUGCGAGUGGCUUGUCGU